AUGGUACGCAUUGCCGUAAUAGGCGCAGGUCCUGCCGGCCUCGUGACAUUGAAGCACAUCUUGGCUGCUGAAAGACAGCUAGGGACCGGGCCAGUCGAGGUCAAGCUUUUCGAAUUCGACACAGGCGUGGGUGGCACCUUCAGAGCCCGCACAUAUGAGGAUGGCGAGUUAGUGUCUUCGAGACAGCUCACAACCUUCUCUGAUUUCCGACGUGAGGACGGCCCAGACUUCCUGAGUGUCAAGUAUUACCUCAAGUAUCUCGACGACUAUUGUACUCACUUCCACCUAUGGCCGCAUAUGAACUUCUCGUGCCAAGUCACAAGAGUCGAAAAUGGAAAGUCAGGCGGCCAUACCCUGACAUAUUUGUCUGAGGGAGCGGGUCAUGAAUGGGACUGUGACGCGGUUGCUGUCUGCGCUGGACUACACGUCGACCCUAACACGCCCCAUCUUGAGGGCGUCGACAAAGUGCCGCUCGUCAUGCAUUCUUCUCAGUUCAAGAGAAGGGAACAGUUUGGUGUCGGCACGAACGUGCUAGUCCUGGGCAGCGGCGAGACGGGCGCUGAUGUCUCCCUCCUGGCAGUCACGUCGCCGACCAAUAGAGUGGUGCUGUGCCAUAGAAAUGGCUUCCAUCUUGCCCCAAAGACGAAUCCCAAUCCUAGGUUGAUACUGAGCCGCAGCCGAAGUACCACUGCCCGACCCCAGGUACCGAUCGAUGUAUCACGAGCCAGCCUCUUCGACACGGCCUACACACAUCCAUGGUUGAGAAGCAGCAGCAUUCUCUGGACAUAUUACGACUAUUACGUGCGAUGGAUUCUAUGGACGUCAUGGGGGACGACUCACGGGUCCGAUCAGUGGAUCGGUGAGAAGCCAAAGGGUUGGACCACGGCUCAGAUAUUCUUCAACAAGUCCGGCAACAAGAUCGCCCCCUACAUAAACGUCAACUGGAAGCCCAAGCGGCCGCAAGGCCUGCUGCAACGUCUCCGCUCACUCGUAGUCCACACGCCGACCACAGACACCAAGGGCCGGUACAUCGACGUCGCGCCGUGGCCUGAGCGCAUCGACGACGACGGCAUCGUGCACUUCCGCGACAACGGACGGCCAGAGUACCAGUACAUGAAGGCCCAGCCCCCCAUCAAGCCCGACGUCAUCGUCUUCUGCACGGGCUACAAGCACGACUUCCCCUUCCUGCCCCCAUCCUCCGCCUCCUCCCGCACCGACGUGCGCGACAUCUGGCAUCGCGACAAUCCCUCCAUAGGUUUCAUCGGGUUCGUGCGUCCCAACCUGGGCGCCAUACCGCCGCUCGCCGAGCUCCAGGCCCAGCUGUGGGUGCUGAACCUCCUGGCCCCUGUGCGAGUGGCCGGCCCGCUGCUGCCCGAGGACGAGCCGCACUACCGCCUCGUCGCCCCCGAGGGAGCGCGCGUGAACUACGGCGUCGAUCAUGAGAGCUAUGCAUACCAGCUGGCGCUGGAUAUGGGGACCGCACCUUCGUUGACCGAGGUGUGUCGCGCGGGUUUCGAGGCUUCUGAACAUGGUGCGUGGUGGAAGCUGCCGCUUACAUGGGCGCUGGGCGCGAACUUCAAUACGAAAUUCACGCUUGUUGGGCCGUGGAGGUGGGAUGGUGCCGUGGAGGCUAUGACGGGCGAGCUCUGGGACACGGUUGCAAGGCGAGAGGUGUUCUUUGGUCAUGUCACGCUUUCGGUCCUUCCGAUCUUCAUCUUUGGUCCGAUGAGCUUGCUCUUCUGGCUGGUCCGGGGGAUCGCGAACGCCCAGUCCCCACUGCCGCCCCGCCUGUUUAUACUUCUUUCCCCACCCCGCACCGUCGCCCGCACCGUCUCCCUCUCCGUCGACGCUUUGCUCCACCCGGUCCACCGCGGCAAGACCCCCUUCGUCCACCGCCGACUAGUAGUCGCCGACUACUAA